CUUGCUGUGGCAUUGCACACUGGAGAGCGGAGGGUGUUACAGCCCAGUGACUGUGUGUAUUCAGAGUCUCUGACCCCACAGGGAAAGCUGGUGGUCUGUCGCAGGGAUCUCAAUGAGAUUAUGCCUCCCUUAACGGACAGUGCUGAGCUAAGCAGGAGGACGGUGCGACUCUUAGGUAUUAACACCUGGGAUGUGGCAGCUGCUCUCACACACCUGGACUGGAGCCUGUUCAAAUCCAUCCAUGAGCAGGAGCUGGCGUACUACACCCUGAGCCGUGUGCCCGGUACCGGCCACACGGCGGCGCUCUCCGUCCUGCUGCAGCGCUGCAACGAGGUUCAGCAGUGGGUCAUGUCCGAGGUGCUCAUGUGUGCAUCGCUCAACAAGAGAGUACAGCUGCUCAAGAAGUUCAUCAAGAUCGCAGCUCAUUGUAAAGCCCAAAGAAAUUUGAACUCUGCAUUUGCCAUCAUUAUGGGACUUAACACAGCAGCUGUCAGUCGACUCAACCAAACCUGGGAGAAAUGUCCAGGGAAGUUCAAGAAGAUUUUCUCAGAGUUGGAGCUCAUCACGGACCCAUCUCUGAACCACAAAGCCUACAGAGAAGCCUUCAAGAAGAUGAAGCCUCCCAAAAUCCCUUUCAUGCCUCUUCUCCUGAAAGAUAUCACAUUUAUCCACGAGGGAAAUAAGACUUUCCAUGACAACCUGGUCAACUUUGAGAAGCUGCACAUGAUCGCAGACACAGUGAGAAUGAUUCGGCACUGCCAAAGCGACCAGCCAGGCAACGAGGUUAUCGGGGUCGACAGUGCGGAUGUGAGGGCGAGCGUUCACUACCUGCACAUUAUCGACAAUCAACAGACGCUUUUCGAGCUGUCCCACAAGCUAGAGCCGCGUGCUUAAAGACACAAAAAACGCACGUAGCUUCAAAGACACCAACACAACACACCGGACACAGCGAGGUGGAAUGCUAGCACCGGGAACGUGUGGCUUGGAAGACGCUUUGUACAGCAAAAUGCCAAACACUCAGGCAUACACUGCAACGAGUUCAGACUACCAGCAGUGGUGCCAAGUGGACAAUAAGGUGCCACAUGUUCUAAAAAAACCAACCUAUGAAGACACAGAGCUGCACUGUUCUUAAACGGCUUUAUAACAUAGUGAAAUGUGUUUAUAAAGGAUUUAAGUUGUAAACACUCUGAACUUUGGAUACUUGCCAAACUGACAGAGAGAGAAGAGGACGCUGUAAGUAGUUUGUACAGUAUCUAUUGGACUGAAUAUGUUUUAGUGGUGAGCUUUUGGUUAUUUAUGAGCCUGUUUAGCAGGUGGAAUGUUCCUUCAUGUCUGUCUUUGAAGUCGCGUCCACCCCCUGGAGGUCAUCAAGGACUUGACGGCCUCUUCAUCAGUCACAAACACAAAGCCAAUCAUGAAGAUAAGUUUAUAAUCUUUUAGCCACAAUCUACCACCUUAAUGGUCUCAUAUUUCAUCCUCAUAUCGCAUACCAUGCCUGGUGAUGCACGUAUAUCCAGGAUACUUGCCUUAGUGUUAGGUGUAUGAUGUGGAGCAUAUUUAUUUUUGCUAUUGUGUGGAUAUUAUGUAACACAAGCAGGAGUAAAACACUAAAACAAACCUACAGAACAUCUUCUACCUGUUUUACACUAAGGCUCUGGCUUUUAACAAAACACGAGCAGCCUCAGUGAGUGAACAGUGUCUGGCAUGUGGAGAAAAGGUUUCUUUGGGACUGCCUGUGACGUUGGAACCACUGAAGCUCUCAUGAACGUGCCCGACUUCAAAAACUGUUGGUGAAAUCUUGAUAUUUUUGGUUCUCCUUGUUUUCAUUUUAAAGUCCUGGUUGACUUUAAGCCAACUGCUCCUCAUGCCCUCUUCUCUAUGAUGUUGUUGUGUGAUCAUAUCAUUUUAGAUUGUAUUUCAUAUGGACCUAUAGACUUUUUUUCAGUGCCAAAUGUCACAUCAAGUCCUGCAGCACAGAGUUCCUGGUUUAUUAUGGUCACUAUUAUCAGUGUCUUUUUUGUUUUCACCACAGUGUCAUUUCCUUAACUAAGCCCCCAAACGAUUGGUCUGUGAUCAUGUAAAGCAGACCACAUGUUUGCUUGGAUGAUUUUUGACAUUAUGACGACUGAUUUCAGGGUCUGUGUGGUGGUUUUGGAUUAGGACAAACAGCCCUACUAUAUGUUUCUCUUUGUAAAGCCUUAUGUUAAAUUAUGUCAAGCGAUAAGCUAACAUGAGGAGAUUUUGACUUUUUGUUCUUACUGACUGAAAUGUCCACAUUAUUCAGAAGUCUUGUGUAAACUCUGAAAACACAGGGUGUGGAAAGAAUAAAGGAGGCACAAGUGUGAUUUAGUAAAUCUGCCUGGUAGGAGUUUUACAGCUUUAUUUUUGCCUUGCAACCUCUAACUAGUAUGGACUGAAAAUGUAUCUUCUCUGAACCAACAGAUCCUAAAAAUAUAUUCCUGUUUACAUUGCCCCGACUUGUGCAAGACAGGGACUAUCCUGAAAAGAAAUGAGGAGCAGCAUGAGGGGAAUCAUUUAGAAAUGAUAAAUGAGUUACAAUGACUCGUACAAUCAUCUGGCAAACUAUAAAUAAGUGUUUGUGUUUAUUUGGUCCCUGCCCUGUGUCUGUAAAACGCUUAGCCUGUCACAUCAGUGCUACAUUUCUGCUGAGUAGGAGAAAACAUCCAAAGGCGAGAUUCCUAAAUGUUAUGUUAGCGAUGCAUGUAUCGCAUUGUUUGGAUACUUUUGAAACACGGGUGGUAACGUGCAAUAGUAGAAGUAGAAAUGUUGUUGCCACUAGUGUUAAUCAUCAUUUCAACACCAAGCCUUUCAGAGCACAGGGGCGUGUCUCCUCCAGAUCAUAAUUAACCGGUGGACUGGGAUUUCCAACUGUUUCAGUGCCAAAAACAUCUUUGGUUCAAAAAAAUCAGAGAUGAUUAAAGUAAAGACUCACUAAAUAUAAUGUGUGUGUUUUGAGCAGCUUAGUCAUUUUCUGUGCAAAGACUCGUUUGACGACUCUUAGCCUGUUGUGUGUGUUGAGUCUUGAGAUCGAUCCUCUCCAGGAGUUGUUCAUAUCCACACAUCUACUCAAACUAUUCAAGAUUAUUAGAAUAAUAUUCAUAAAUUCUGAGAGUGGAUUUCCCCUUUAAAGUGAGACUAUGUAGCUCUUGCUGCAGAAACUUUCUUCAGGCAGGUAUGGGAUGAUGCUAGUUGCUAAGCUGUUGUUAAUCAGUUUAGCAUUUAGCUAAAGACUAACCUCUGUAACAGUGGCACAUGUGGAAGAGUCAUGAGUCAGCAAACUGACUGUCCGUUAUAUAUAUUUAGUGACGUAAAGUUUUUCAACAAUAGCCACAAUGAGGCUUUAGCAGCAACAAUACCCGGACUGUUUAAUUGGACAAUUAGUUAUUAAGCGUUUUAUUUAUAAGACCAACAAUGUGUUUUACUUCUCUUAAAAAAAGUUACAAAGUCUCAUUUGAAAGAUGCAUUUUGUGAAGUCAGUGAUUCUGUGACAGCUAGAUCUAAUAAAUCAGAGCCGUGGUCUGUUCAUAUUCCGUGUCAUAGAGAGGCCUUGUGGUAGUCAUUUUAUACUAAAAACCUGUACAUGACGCACACAUGCACAAACACUCCUCUGUUCUUUGUGUUCAUAGAGCAGAAAUACUGUUAUAUUACCUAUUUAUUGUUUUAUGUAUUUUUGAGGUGACAAACGUUCAGGUGCCAGAGGUUCAGCAAAGUACAAGAGCAUUAGGAGAAGGAAAGAUGUUUAAGGUUUGAAUGCUCGAAUGUACCUGUUGUGUUUUGUGAUCACGCACCUCUCUCCUCUGGUGCUGUAAUGGACAGGAAACCAACAGGAAGGUGUAUUUAGUGUUUUAAUGGCCAUUCUGUGAAGUAAUUCUUUUUUUAAAGCAAUGUUGUUUAAAACUUGUUUGCAUGUUAAAAUAAAAAAGUUCACAAUUCAAGAAAGGACACAUUGAAGGCUUUGUACUACUGUAAUAUUGUUUAUGUGUAAAUAUAUGCCCAUGUUUGGUAUGUAGUUUUCAGUUGUAAAUGAGAAGAAAAGUCAGAUAGAAAGCAAUAUGUCUCUCCUUGUGUCCCAGCAACCUUCUGACAGCUGAAGCCACAUGUCUUUUCUAAAGCAGUGUUUUACUACUUCAACAUUUGACUGAAAUGAAUAAAUCAUAGGUUUUAUGUGACAUC